CUCGACCGAAGCGAUUUCGCACUUGGCCUCUUCCUCCCUCCGCUGCGCCCCACUCCGCCUCCGCCAAACCGCAAGCUAGGGUUUCCGCCUCGACGCGGAGGGCUCGCCAUGGAUGCCGCCGCCCGCAAGAGAUCCCGGCCGGAGUCCGCCAACGGAGGCGCCGCAGGCGGGAAGCGCUCGAGAGAAUCGGAGUCACAACAAACUGGUCUAUCAAGCAAAUCGAAGCCUUGCACCAAGUUUUUCAGCACUGUUGGGUGCCCCUUUGGUGAGGGCUGUCACUUCGCGCACUUUGUCCCUGGUGGAUACCAGACAGUAUCAAAAUCACACAGCCUAGGCCAUGCUGCUGUGUCUGCACCGUCAAGAGCUCCAGCGGAUCAUGCUGCUUCUGGUGUCAAAACACGCAUGUGCACCAAGUACAACACUGCAGAAGGCUGCAAGUUUGGUGACAAGUGCCAUUUUGCCCACGGCGAGAGGGAGCUUGGCAGGCCACCAUCCUCCUACAUGUCCCAAGAAAGUUCCUAUGCUCCUCCUAUGGGUGGUCGAUAUGGAGGUCGACACGAACCACCUCCGCCAGCUUCGAUGGGUCCUCCUGCCGGAAACUUUGGCGCCUCGUCUACCUGCAAGGUCAGUGUCGACGCCGCUCUCGCCGGAGGCAUAAUCGGGAAGGGCGGGGUCAACACGAAGCAGAUCUGCCGCAUCACAGGGGUCAAGCUCUCGAUACGCGACCACGAAUCAAACCCAGACCUGAAGAACAUUGAGCUGGAAGGCAGCUUCGACCAGAUAAAGCAAGCCAACGACAUGGUGCGUGAUCUCAUUGCCAGCAUCAGCGCCAGCACUCCGUCGAAGAACCCAGCCAGCGCAGCAGCCCCCGCAGGCCGAGGCGGUGGCGGCGGCGGGGGCGGGCCUGGAGGCAGGAGCAACUACAAGACCAAGAUAUGCGAGAACUUCCUCAAGGGCACCUGCACUUUCGGCGAGCGCUGCCACUUCGCCCAUGGCGAGACCGAGCAGCGGAAGGGUGCCGCCGUCUGAUGACACCGCUGCUGCGGUUGAUCCUCGCUCCUUCUUGUGCUGCUACUGUGACUAUUCUGUUCUCCCUUGCUGCUGGCUCUAGGUGAUUAGGCCUGUUGUAUUUUGGUUCUAUGGAUUGUGAUAAGAUUCAGCUUUUUUGAAUGAAAUAUGGUUCAGAACUUUCUUGCUGUCA